GGUGGCGGUAGAAACAGGGUAUACAUUUUACUCCCCCUAGACCCCAACUUGACUAGCACCUAUUUAUAUCGCACAAGUGUCAUGUUUCCCACUAGUUUGUACUUGGCUAAGAGCGUCAUUAUUGCGCCCCGAUUUCGCCGUGUUGUCCGGUUAAAGCUCUGUUUCAGUCUUUCCUAAAAUAUAUUGUGAAAUACAAAAAUCGCAUUGACAGUGACAGUUCUAAAGAAACAAGAUGUCGACUGUUUCCUACCAUAUCUCCAACCUGUUGGAUAAAAUGACAUCCACCGACAAAGACUUUCGGUUCAUGGCAACCAACGACUUGAUGGUGGAGCUGCAGAAGGACUCCAUAAAGCUGGACGAGGACAGCGAGAGAAAGGUGGUGGCCAUGCUGCUGAAGCUGCUGGAAGACAAGAAUGGAGAGGUCCAGAACCUGGCUGUGAAAUGCCUGGCUCCUCUCGUGAGCAAGGUGAAGGACUACCAGGUGGAGACCAUGGUGGACACGCUAUGCUCCAACAUGCUGUCAGACAAGGAGCAGCUUCGAGACAUCUCCAGCAUGGGCCUUAAAACAGUCAUCGCCGAGCUUCCCCCCUCCUCUUCAGGUCUGACGCUGACGGCCAGUGUGUGUAAAAAGAUCACCUCUCAGCUGAUUGGAGCCAUGGGGAAACAGGAAGAUGUUACUAUCCAGCUGGAGGCCCUGGACAUCCUGUCAGACAUGUUGGAAAGGCUGAGUGGUGCGCUGGUCAGUUUCCACCCCUCCCUGCUCUCCUCUCUGCUUGGUCAGCUGACCAGCCCUCGUCUGGCUGUGAGGAAGCGCUCCAUCCUGGCUCUGGGUCACCUGGUGCCCUGCUGUAGCCCCGCCCUCUUCACCCAUCUCACUGAGCACCUAUUGGCUCAGCUGGCCCAAGCCCCACCCCCUUCCACCUCCACCACACGUACUUACAUCCAGUGCCUGGCAACCGUCAGCAGGCAGGGUGGACAUCGCGUUGGUGAGCACCUGGAGAAGGUGGUUCCCAUGGUGAUGCGGUUCUGCACUGUGGAGGAUGAUGAGCUGCGGGAGUCGUGCUUCCAGGCCCUGGAGGCCUUCCUGCACAGGUGUCCCAAGGAGAUGUCCCCUCACGUUGCCAAAGUGAUGCAGCUGUGUCUCCGUUACCUUAGUUAUGACCCCAACUACAACUAUGAUGCAGAGGAAGACCUGGAAGACAGCAUGGAACAGGAUGGAGAGGAAGACCCAGAGUCUGAUGAUGAGUACAGUGACGACGAUGACAUGAGCUGGAAGGUUCGUCGCUCAUCUGUCAAGUGUCUGGAGGUGCUCAUCUCCACGCGCAGGGACCUCCUGCUGGACCUCUACACCACCGUCUGCCCCGCCUUGCUCGCGCGCUUCCGCGAGCGGGAGGAGAACGUGCGAGUGGACAUCUUCACAGCGUUUGUGGCGUUGCUGCGGCAGACACGCCAUCCCCCCGGUCUGGUGACCUCUGACCCCAGAGAAGACCCCACCCUCGCCAUGCUCCGGAAACAGGUUCCCGUGGUGAUGAAGGCUCUCCACAGGCAGCUGAGAGAGAAGAGCAUGAAGACCAGACAGGGCUGCUUCUGCCUGCUAACAGAGCUGUCUACUGUCCUGCCUGGAGGGCUGGCUGAGCAUAUCCCCACCCUCAUACCUGGUAUCAUUUUCUCCCUGACAGACAAGUCCACCUCCUCCAACAUGAGGAUGGACGCCCUGGCCUUCCUCAGUGUGCUUCUCCUCAGCCACCCUCCAGAGGUCUUCCACCCCCAUAUGCCUCUCCUGCUUCCCCCCGUGGUGCUCUGCGUGGACGACCCCUUCUACAAGAUCACAUCCGAGGCCCUGCUAGUCACCCAGCAGCUGGUCACCGUGCUGCGCCCCCUAGGGCCCGGGGCGGCGGCGUUCGACGCCAAGCCCUACGUGAAAGAGGUGUUCUCCGGGACCCUGCGGAGGCUGAAGGCCACGGACAUCGACCAGGAAGUGAAGGAGAGGGCAAUUUCCUGUAUGGGCUACAUUGUGUGUCACCUCGGCGACCAGCUGGGGGCGGAGCUGCAGCCCACCUUGCUGAUCUUCCUGGAGCGCCUGAAGAACGAGAUCACCCGGUUAACUGCCGUCAAGGCCCUCAUGUUGGUCGCCAGCUCCCCGCUGAAGGUGGACCUGAGGCCCAUCCUUGGGGAGGCCAUGCCUAUUCUGGCAUCCUUUCUCCGGAAGAACCAGCGGGCCCUGCGGCUAGGCACCUUGUCCGGGCUGAGGGUUCUGGUGUCUGGGUACGGCUCCUGCCUCACUGCCCCCCUGCUGGAGCCCCUGCUCCUGGAGCUGCCAGCUCUUCUGGAAGAGAGCGAUAUGCAUGUGGCCCAGGAGUGCAUGACCCUGCUCAGCAGUCUGGCCUCUUCCUGCCCCCCUGCCCUUCCCCUGAUAGCAGCGUCCGUCCUGCCCGGGGUGGUAAGACUGGUCCAUUCCCCCCUUCUGCAGGGGGGAGCUCUGGCAGCUAUCCAGGAUCUUCUCAGGGCUCUAGUGCUCUCCAAGGCUAGCGGUUUGGGCUACACCCCUCUGCUCCAGUUGCUUACCGGCCCCUUACUCACUCCACACAGGACCCCAGAGACAGACCUCAUCCACAGACAGUCCUACUACUCUGUGGCCAAGUGUGUCGCUGCCCUGUCUGCUGCCUGUCCCAAAGAGGCCCAGAGCAUGGUGUCCAGCCUGAUCCGGCAGGUGAAGGACCCCCAGGCCCCUGAGCCGGCCAGGAUGCUGUCCCUCCUCUGCCUGGGGGAGGUGGGCCGCUGCGUGAGCCUGGGGGGCCACAAGGAGCUCCAGGGGGUCCUGAUGGAGGCCCUGUCCUCCCCCAGCGAGGAAGUGAAGUGGGCGGCCUCUUCUGCCCUGGGGAACGUAUGUGUGGGCAGCCUGGAGGACUACUUGCCCUUUCUGCUCCAGGAGAUCUCCAGCCAGCCCCGCAGGCAGUACCUCCUCCUCCACGCCCUGAAGGAGGUGAUCAGUGCGGGGGCCACUGCCAGCCUCACGUCCCACGUAGAGGCCAUCUGGACUCUGUUGGCCAAGAACUGCGAGUGUCCCGAGGAGGGCACCAGGAAUGUGGUGGCAGAGUGUCUGGGCAAACUCACCAUGGUCAGUCCUGCCCAGCUCUUGCCCAGGCUCAAAAAGCAGCUAGCAGCAGGCUCCCCUCUGGCCCGCAGCACAGUGGUCUCAGCAGUCAAGUUCACCAUCGUUGACCAGCCGGUCCCCAUAGACACUCUCCUGAGGGACUGCAUAGGCGACUUCCUGAAGACUCUGCAGGACAAGGAUAUCAACGUGCGUCGCGUUGCCUUGGUGAUGUUCAACUCGGCAGCCCAUAAUAAGCCGGGUCUGAUCCGCGAGCUGCUGGGCUCAGUGCUACCACACCUGUACAGCGAGACACAGAUCCGCAAGGAUCUCAUCAGAGAGGUGGAGAUGGGUCCAUUCAAGCACACGGUGGAUGACGGGCUGGACGUGAGGAAGGCAGCGUUUGAGUGCAUGUACACCCUGCUGGACAGCUGCCUGGACAGACUGGACCUGCUGAUCUUCCUAGACCACGUAGAGGAGGGUCUCAAAGACCACUACGACAUCAGGAUGCUGACGUUCCUGAUGCUGGCCAGAAUGUCGUCUCUGUGUCCAGAUGCUGUGGUCCAGAGGUUGGACAGACUGGUGGAACCCCUGAAGGCCACCUGCACCACCAAGGUGAAGGCUGGCUCUGUGAAGCAGGAGUUUGAGAAGCAGGAGGAGCUGCGUCGCUCCGCCAUGCGGGCAGUGGCGGCCCUGCUCACCAUCCCCGAGGUGGAGAAGAGCCCUGCCAUGGCUGACUUUGCCAACCAGAUCCGCUCCAACGCAGAGAUGGCCUCCAUCUUUGACAGCAUUCUGGGAGACCCCUCCUCUAGCGCCGUGGAAAACAUGGAUAUUAGCUAGAGCCCUCCAAACAUCAAACCUGCUUACUGAACAACACAGAACCCCUGGGAUAAUGGAACAUGGUUGGCUAGAACCCUUGUUAUGUUAGAACACUCACUUGCCUGAACUCUCAAAACACACAACCCCAUUGGCUGGAACCGGCAGUACAUGGCUCUUACUAGUGUAGAACCAACUUGUAAAAUAACAUGGUUUCAACAACCUUGUUGUACUGCAGUAGUAAUACUUAAAAGGGCCACAGCCAUACAGCGUCAGUGUUAUGUGAAUGAACACAGACUCUACCCUCGUGUCCACAUCACCAUACCAGAAGUGCCUCUUAGUCAUUCAACAUGGUAUUAAAAACGAGUUUUG